AUGAAAAUAGUCUUCGAGCAGAAGGAAACGAAAGCUUUGAAAGGAACUUUUGAAGCAAAAAAAUUAUGCUCGUUGUCGACUGUAUUAGUAAAAUUUCACAUGACCAAAAAUGCGCAUGCUCGGAAAAACGUUUAUGCUAUGAUUCAACCUGAUUCAACAUAUUUUUAUGUUUCUGUGUCGACUGAUGUUUGUUUUUUAGACAUUUCUCGCCAUUAUGGCUUCGUUGUUUUCAUUUCGUCUACAAUAAGAUCAAAGAUUGAAUGUGCGAGACAUAUUAUUCAAUGUUUAAAUGUGUCUACGCAACCAUACAAAUACUAA